ACUUGCACCACGCUCUGACCGUUUCCAGCUUUUUACUUCCUUAUAGACUGGCGCGAUUUAAGGCUCGCGUCGACGCCAGCCUCGGCAAAUGGUGAAAUCCAGAUUCGAAAGCCUUUCCUUGAGUCAGACGCUAUUUUUGAGCUACAGUCGCGUUCUCGGCACACAGUCACCGUCAGUCUGGCCGUAAUUCUCCCUUGGAAAAUAGCCGCACACCUGACGGCUCCUAAUCGCGAUUCCCCAAAAUUAGAGAGUAGGUUUCCUUCCUUGCUUUAGUCACCCGCGCCAAUGAGGCAGCGAUCCGCCAUGGACCCGAGUGGCGAUGGAGCCGCUGGCUCACGGAAGGACGAAGAGCCUCCAGAAUUCCUCGACACCCAAGAGCAGGAGGCAAUGAUAGAGGCGUUUGAGCAGCAGCACCGCGACUCACUGCGCUUCUGGAAGGUCUGCCUAUCCCUGUUGCUGCUCGCCUAUGCGUCGUUUCUGGUGCAUGGGAUCAUCAACCUCGUCAUAUCUCCCUUGGGGCAGAGGCGCCAUGCAGAGCUGCGUCAGAUUCUGGAUCUCACAACCCUAGCUGCUGCCGACCUGGCAGCAGUAGCUGCCUCUGCGGCUCUCCUUCUCUUCCUCUGGCUGCAUGGCUCUGCUCGCCGCCUCCUCUUCCUCUCGUCUGCUGCUCUCUCUACACUGCUAGCACUCUUCUGGAUAUACACUCUGCUACAGCUGACAACACCGUUUCGGUGGCAGCUCUUCUGGUUACCCCUUGCAAAUCCAGUGUUUGUACUACUCUCAGUCUUCAUCCACCAUUCCUUUGGAGGCUUGGAAGACGAGAUUGCGAAGCUUCGCGGCCUCAAAUACGAGCACAAGAGAGUUUAAUUCAAAGGAGUUACACCAGAUAGCGUCGUGGCACUGGGAUAGCCCUGUCGAACCUCUUCUCCCUCUAAGGAGGGUACUGGGGAGGCUUUCCCUGAGGAAGGUGGAUAUAUGGUGCCUAACUCUCCUGAGGACAUCCCUUCUUGUCCCAGUGGUUAGAACUGGUGACUUGAUGACUGAUAGAACCAGAUAAACCUAUUAGUGCAGUGCCAACCACACCUCAUAAGGUAACGAAUGGUUACGGCCAUCAGACCUGUUUGCAAUGCCUAGACGUCACAAAAC